CGAACCAUGUCUACCACCAACCACGACCAAACAAGAUACAAAUUCUGCUAUUUUGUGCCCCCGUCUUCGUUGGUUGCGACCAAAGAGGCAAUCUUUUCUACAACUCUCGCUGGUGGGUUUUCGUCCUUGACGGAUGCUUCACGGGUUUUGUAUACCAAUGUGACAAGUGGGACUGGUCAAUUUAUCCCUGGCCCUGAUAGCACUCCUGAUAUUGGAGAAAGGGGAAAGCUGGAGGUGUUGGAGGAGGUGAGAGUCGAGAUGCAGGUGCAAGGAAGAGACAAUGUCAAGAAGGUUGUCGAAGUGGCUCAUCCCUACGAAGUUCCUGUCUACGAGGUCUACAAGAUGGAGGACUUUUAG